AUGCAGUCUCCCGUGCACGAUCGUCGACGGCCAACAAUCGCCCUCGUUGAAGAUACGCCCCCACCCACACCCACCAGCCCGCGGACGACAACAAGUUCCGGUCCGCACGACAGCUCUGCUACCAGCUCUGCUGCUGCUUCGCCCUCUUUUCGCCUCAGCGAGCGCGCCCUCUCUCCUGCCAGGAUGGCCUUCAGCGCUGGGCCACUCUACACGAAUGCCAUUAUGGGCCAGGCGCCUUCUGCUGUUGAGCGGGAGCAUGCUCGCAUUGCGAGCUCGUCCAUCUUUCGACAGGAUUGCAUUCAGAUCCACGAGGAGCUGGAUCAUGCGGGGUGCGAGGACUCGGAGUCGCUGCAUUAUGAGGAUGCAAGCCAGGUGCCUUACACCGGGGAUGAGGAGGGUUGGAGAGCGAGGCGGAAUCGCUUGCUGGGUUUGCCGUACGUGGAUGGAACGCAUGAUCUGUCGUUCUUCUUGAAGACUACGGGGCCGACUGCUCCGCCUCGGCAGCCGGGCAGGAUGGGAGCCCCGCACGCGCUGGAGGAGAAGAACAAAGUGGUGCGGUUUUGGAACUUCAAGCGGAAGCGUGGUCGUGGAAAGCCGAGAGACAUCCCGUACGAUGCUGGUGGGCUGUUGGCGAAAGAGCCUCCAUUCAAGCAGAAAGUGUCUUCCAAAGGCAUCCGAUACCUUGCGCUCGACAUGAAGAAUGUGAAGCCGCUCUACGCGAAGGGCAUGAAGAAGAGACCGAGGGUCAUGGACUCUCAAGUUCCCGUCGUCGUCGAGAGACAGGGCAACGACCAGUCUGGGGUUGAGCAUAAACCAGUCAUCAAGCGAAGACCAUUGGCCAGGCCGUCGACGCCCGCAAAUGAGCUUGAGCGUGUUCUAUCGCCCGCUCGGGAGAUGGCCGUCGCUGUGGGUGGUGGACGAACAACACCAGUCCCUAUCCGACCGCCGGCAUCGAGUCCCCCAACGCCCGAGCCGCUGUCCGCGAUUUCAGUCACUCGUUCAUUCAUGACCGAUCUCGGCGGUUCCUCGCCCAAGCAGUCCUUCGACACAGGCAUUCUAUUCGAGAGUACCCACCCCUUCAUGAGUACGAGUCGCAGUCUGCCGAUGCUCAACACCGAGGCAACAGAGGAGCAGCUCUCAGAACCAGCGGCUGCUGGGCAAGAGGAGGAUCAUGGACCCAAACAACAUUUGCCUCGCCGGUUCCCAAGUCAGCCGUUGCUCAAUCGAAAAGAGUCGAUGGCGGGUCCCGCGAAUCCCCGCAGCGUAUCCCACAGUCCCGGACUGCCUGCACGGAGCCCAUUGCGGUUGGCACGAGGCGCCACCAACACCAGAGAUCGAGAACCGUCGCAGUCCACGGUCAAAGCAAGCACCAAACGCGCCCCCAGUAUCGAGAGCAACUUCAGCUCGAGAAUGCAGCCUGCUCUCCUUCGAGCGACGGUGGUAACAGAGUGCACUGGCCCCAUCAAGCGUCCAAAGUCGCCGAUGCCGAGUGGGAGCGCUUCUUCUCCAUGCCGAAAAGAACGCAUGCGAGCACCAAAACUGCUCGACCGGCCAGCAGCGGCCUCUAGAGCCAUCGAUGCCGUGGUGAAUGACGACAAUCCUCCGGCGCCACGUCAACGUCUUCGCAAAGUCCGGCCUCAUAUCCAAGUACCCGAUGGCAAGCGAGCGAACCCGCUCACCACCCGCACGUCGUCGUCAGCAUCGAGCGAUGCAAGCUGGAAGAAAGUGACAGAGUUCACUCGCGUCCCCGUUCCGCACGUCUCGUCGGAAGAUGGUCGCAGCAACGGAGAGAAGGCUGUGAACUCGCCGGUGUCGCCGGUGAGCUCGCGCGACAGUCGAAAUGACGCGAUGACAUUGAGUCCAGUCAUGCUAGUCGCCGAGGAGAUUCCGUUGUCCAAACCCAGGUCCGGCAAUUCGAAAGCCUCCGGGAAGUACGCACCGCGACCUCGAUCGGCUUCCGUUCCUCGAAGCCAGAGACAGAGUCGGCCAGGCACGCGUACACCAUCCAGACCUAGCACGCCUACGGAGGGCAGUCAUCGCAAACAGCACACCCCGCCGAUGCCGUUGCCGCCUCCGAUGAAAGCUCUGCCACCUACGCCUGCCGUGCCGACAAUGAACAACGCUGCAAGACAGAGUGAGAUGGCAGGCUUGUCCACAAGGAGACAACAGCACCCGCUCGUCCCACUUUACAGCAAAGCCCCGGAGAUUGCAUCAUCGAGAUACGCCGAGCGCGCUCCGCACGUCGUAAGUCAGACGCAACGGACUCCGCUAACAUCCACCUUUCCAAGUCCCAGCGGAGGCCUCGACACUCGCGUGGACGCUCUGGAGCGGAAGAAUGCGCUUCUACUUGCCGCUUUGAACGCGAUGGUGAUGACGAAUGGCCGGCUGAACAGCUCGACGGUCGCGGAUGUGAUGCCUCGAAGACCAAUGGUGUGGCAAGACCGAAUUGCGCGGCGGAAUGCGGCGUCAAAGGGCGGACAUGGUGGUGAAGCGUUUGAUAUGUAUCUCAACUCGAGGCAGAACAGUCGACAUCGGUAA